AUGUCUGGGAAAGUUUAUAUCGUCAGCCAUUGAAGUCGGCGUUGAGUUGGAAGAGGUAUCUUGUGUACGCGAGACAAAUCAGGGUCACCGUUCCUGUUUAUAUCUUUUACCCUCUUCGUUAAAGUAGGUCUAUCCUUUCCAGCGGACUUUCUGUUGGUCAGUAUUUGGCAGCUGGUGUUUUCACUUCACCCGCCUGCCAAACGGACUUUUAGCGGCAGAUGAGAGCGACAGGCGGGGUGUUGGUAGCUGUUCGGUGAUAAGAGAUAAAGUGGGUAAAAGGUGGCUGUCAGGAACAGAUAAAAUUGACAGCAACGGUCUAAAAGCGACAAUGUAGCGGUCACAAGCUGUACGGGAGGACACGGUGUGUUGGCAGACCGGCUGGAUGUCCAAAAAUGUUUCUCCUGGUGGACUUACUGAACCAGAAACACAUCGACACCCUCAAAGACUGAGUCCGGAGAAAGCAAUACAAAGAGAUUUAUUUAUAUUUUUUGACGAAAUCAUCAAGUAUCAUAUAUUAUCUGGUAAAUAGCUGUGAAAUAGGACGAUGUGUCUUUUAAUACGCGUGCCAGGCUGCACACACAAAGUGCAUCUAUCCAGGUUGAAGCUAAUGCAUUCUAGGUUGUUAUGGCUGGAGCAUCGUCCGACCUUCUCAGCUGCCCUCCGGAGGACGAGGCAGUCAUCCGGGCUCAAAUCCUCACUCCAUCCGACCCUGGCAUUCCCUGUGUGGGCUCCCAGGCCCUACAUUACGGUCCUACCGCGCAGCCCCCUCACGGGUGUCCCUGUGCUCUGCGCACACAGCCGGACUCUCGCUCGCACACCUGUUGCCUUUGCUAGCUCUUCAGCGGCCUCUACACCCUCACCUGCCGGAUCAGUGAAGACCCAGGCGGACACAGAAAGAAGCCAGGCCCCCACCACGGUCCCCCUGGAGGAUGUUAAAAGGAUUUUGAGACUGGCUCACCCGGAGAGAGGAAGACUGGCAGCUGCUAUAGGCUUCCUGACUGUCUCCAGUGCAGUAACGAUGUCAGCUCCCUUCUUCCUGGGCAGAGUGAUUGACACCAUUUACGCCAGUGCAUCAGACGCCGAGACGAUGACGGCCUCGUUGACGUCGCUGUGUAUCAUGCUGGCGGGGGUGUUUCUGUGUGGUGGAGCGUGUAAUGCCGCCAGAGUCUACCUCAUGCAGUCCUCAGGGCAACAGAUUGUUCGUAAUCUCCGUGCCUCCGUCUUCUCCUCCAUUCUCAGACAGGAAGUGGCAUUCUUUGACAAGAAUAGGACUGGCGAGCUUAUAAACCGUCUCUCUGCUGACACGGCCGUGGUGGGCCGCUCAAUCACAGACAACUUGUCAGAUGGGCUGAGAGCCGUUGCCCAGGCAGCUGCUGGUGUCAGCAUGAUGUUCUACGUCUCGCCCAGUCUUGCGAGCUUUGUGUUGCUGAUUGUUCCUCCUAUGGCCGGUCUUGCUGUCAUCUAUGGCAGAUACCUUCGCUCAAUCUCCAAGCGCACACAGGACGCACUCGCACAAGCCACACAGUUGGCAGAGGAGCGAAUCAGCAACAUGCGGACAGUCAGAGCUUUCGGUAAGGAGCUGUCAGAAGUCGACAAAUACACACAGAAGACUGACCACGUCCUCGGCCUGGCUAAGAAGGAGGCUGUGAUGCGGGCUGGUUUCUUUGGAGUGACUGGUCUGAGUGGUAACAUGAUGAUCCUGUCGGUGCUCUACAAAGGAGGCCUUCUGAUGGCCAGUCAGCACAUGACUGUGGGAGAGCUCUCAUCCUUCCUCAUGUACACCUUUUGGGUGGGCAUCAGUAUCGCAGGUCUGAGUUCUUUCUACUCUGAGCUGAUGAAGGGUUUUGGAGCCGGGGCCAGGCUCUGGGAGCUGCUGGACAGAAAGCCUGAGUUUCCUCUAAAUGAAGGUAAAAUCCUCCCAGCGGACCAGCUGAAAGGCCAGCUCAAGUUCUGUGAUGUCUCUUUUGCCUACCCGACACGUAAAGAAGCCCCCAUUUUCCAGAAUCUGAAUCUCUUGGUCCCGGCCGGUAGCAUCAUGGCUGUGGUGGGGGCGAGUGGAUCUGGGAAAUCAUCCAUGGUUUCACUUCUUCUCAGGCUGUACGACCCCGAUGCUGGUGUGAUCACCAUCGACGGUCAUGACAUCAGGGAUUUAAAUGCUUACUGGCUCAGAAGUCACAUUGGAACUGUUAGCCAGGAGCCGGUGCUCUUUUCCUGCUCUAUCAGAGAGAAUAUCGCUUAUGGAGCGACGGAUCCAGAUGCUGUAACCACAGAGGACGUCUACAGAGCAGCCAAAGUAGCCAACGCCUAUGACUUCAUCCAGACGUUUCCUAAAGGCUUUGACACUGUGGUGGGGGAGAAAGGAGUGCUGCUGUCAGGUGGUCAGAAGCAGAGGAUAGCCAUAGCCAGAGCUCUACUCAAGAAUCCAAAGAUCCUGCUUUUAGAUGAGGCUACCAGUGCGCUGGAUGCUGAGAAUGAGUUUCUUGUCCAGGAGGCUUUGGAGCGUCUGAUGGAAGGGAGGACAGUCGUGAUCAUCGCUCACCGUCUCUCUACGAUUAAGAACGCGGACGCUGUUGCUGUGCUGGACCAGCGGCGCAUAGCUGAGUGUGGCCAGCCUACUGAGCUGCUAGGAAACAGGCAAGGACUAUUCAGGAAGCUGAUGGAGAAACAGGCAUUUCUACAGGAAGAGCAGCAGCGAGCACUUAUCUGAUAGGACAGGGAGCACGGAUGCGUGAAUGAUAGAGAAAUCAGGAGGUGAGGUCACUGUCUGUGAUAACCUUUGAACUCCAGUUGAAGGGAAGCCACUGGAAAAAAUCAAAUUUUAUUUAAGGCUGAAGCUUUUCUUUCUGUCUCGUUGCUGAAAAGACUGCCGUACAUAGCAUCACAUGUGGAUCACUCAGUACUUUUUGAAAAUAUCUCAUCUUAUGCUGAAGAAGGUGAGAUUAAGAGAAAGGACUUAUAACUACAGUUUUAGGGGAAAAGCUCAAAUCCUGUUUUCUAUCAUUCAGACGUUCAGGAGGAAUUUUGAAGAAUUUAAAUGUGACACUGUGUCUGCAUCUGGAUUUCUUUUUUUUCUUUUUUUUUUGGUCAAGUUACCAAAACAGUCCAGAUUGAUUUUUACAACUCUGCUAAAUGUAUAUUUGUUUUUGUCUCUCUACAGCUGAUUUUUUUUUUCUAUAAAGACUUGAAGCCUUUUACUGUCAUAUUAGAGUCUAAAGAACUAAUGAAACAAAUGAGCAGCUAUAUAUAUAUAUAUAUUUAUAUAUAUGUAUGUGGUGUUUACACCCUUGUAAAACAGGACUGAACACUAUUUUAAUACAUUUUGAUUAAUGUAAGCACAUUUGUCAGUUUUAGUCUAAACCAGUUACACUCGUGUAGCUGUUUGUGUUCAGGAUUUAACUGACAGCCUUGAAACUGUUGAACUCUACUGUCUUUGUUUGUCAAAUGUAAUACAAAUGAGUUCAGAUGCAGGGUAAAGCUGACUGAGGCUGCUGAGCAGACACUUUUAUGUUUGGAGAUCUGCUGCUCUCAAGGAGGAAGGACACUGGAGUCAAGUCAAUAGCGUCUGUGCAGGUCUGCGUAUCAUCAAAACGUCUAUUUCACUGUCAGAAAUCCACAUUUUCAUCAUCUUAUGUUGUUUUCAGAAAGCUAUGCAGCGCAGAUGAGAGUUUAACCUUUUAAUUUGGAAAAGCCGAAAACGGCAUUGCACCUUUAGACAUGUGAGUGUACAUGUGAGCACAGAUGACGCUGCUUAAAACUGCCUAUGUGGCACAAUCGUCUCCUCUGUGCACAGCCGGGUGUUUACUGGAUGUGCACUUGGCUGGCUUUAAGUUCUCUAUAGACAUGUAACCAUCUACAUGUAGCUACAGUGCUGAAGCUUAUAAGACACAGACUCAGAAGCGAUGACACUCCUGCAUAAAUAUUAGGUUCAUAAAUGCCCUCUUCACGUCUCACUGAGAUUCUGUUUGAGAGGAUAUUCCUUCAUUUUUAACCCAGACAUGUAAAUGUCCUGAGGCCAAAUUCCCUGCUUCUCUAUCAGAAACGGCUCCUUUUGAUUUGUCGCUGUAGAGCCCAGUUAACCUUUGUAACGAGUAGCUGGGAACAUUACUGAUGACAAGUCUGCAUUAGUUACUAAACUCCUUUUAUAUUUCAGUGAGUGAGAAAAAACAAGCAACAUGAAGGACUCGUAUAAUUUAUCACGUAUCAUUAAUAUAGAUGUUAUAGUGCUGUCUUACACAUAUUUGCUGUUUGUUACAUUUGGACACUCUGGUCCAUUUUGAACUAAUUAAUCGUUGGAAACUGUCUAUGACAACUGGCUAAAAUAUCAAUUUAGCUCACAGUUUGUAGGCAGUGAUGUGAGGUGGCUCAUAAGUGACACUAAUGCAGAUGUAGUUUUAGGGGAAAUUAAUCCGGCAUUGAUCUGCAGUGACUUAUCACUUUUAGAGUUAUUUAUUUAUUCAUUGCAGCGUGUAGCCUGUGUGUCAGGUGGAUUUUAUCUGUGUGUUCUUUAUGUUAAGUAUAUUGAACACAAGGUGGUUUAUUGUGGACCCGUUUCUUCUUUAUCAUUUUUUUUUUUCACUUUAGAAGGAAAAACAAUUUUACUCAAAUCACAUUAGAGUUUCACAUCAUUGCGACAUGUUAGUCCACAUUUUAGAGCUAAGUUUACUUGAAAAGUUGCCUUGAAUGUCUUUUUGCUAAACUGGAGAAGCUGGAGAGUAAAUUCACUCCACACUAAAGUAAAUGCUGAACGUCCAGCUGACAGCAGGUCAAUGUGCUCACACAACUCACAGCUGCAAGUUUCUUUUUCUUUUUCUAACUUGUAAAUAGUGACAUAUAAAUAUGACACGGUGGGUUUAUUAUGAUACUUCUAUGUAAAGAUAAAUAAAGUAAAA